AUGGUUUUGAAGUUUAUUAAGGAAACAUUUUUUCUCAUCAUGACUACGGUCGGCACCCUUGGGAACAUUUCUAUUUCUGUGAAUUACAUGUUCAGUUGGUGGGGAGGCCCUGAGAAGAAACUCAUACACCUUAUUCUCAUUCACUUGGCUUUUACAAACAUCAUACUCCUUCUUGCAAAAGGAUUGCGAAAGACAAUUGUAGCUUUUGGGUUGAAAAACUUCCUAGAUGACAUAGGCUGUAAGAUCCUCAUUUAUCUGGAAAGGGUAGCCCGUGGCCUCUCCAUCUGCACCAGCAGUCUCCUUGCUGUAGUCCAGGCCAUCAUCAUUAGCCCCAGAGCAUCUGGAUGGAGGAGGCUCAGGCCAAAGUCUGCAUGGCACAUCCUUCCAUUCUUCUCAGUCUUUUGGAUACUCAAUGCUUUAAUAAGUAUGAACCUAAUCCCUUCCAUCAAAAGUACUAGCCUGAAUAUAUCACAGUUUAAGAAUGACCACAACUAUUGUUAUUUUAUGCCAGAAAGUCAGAAAAUAAAAAGGAUUGUUCUCCCUAUCAUGGUCCUGAGAGAUGCAGUGUUCCAGGGUGCCAUGGGAGGGGCCAGUGGCUACAUGGUAUUUCUUCUCCACAAGCACCACCAGCAUGUCCUCUACCUUCACAACUCCAAGCUUCUCUACAGAACUCCCCCUGAGCUGAGAGCUGCUCAAAGUGUCCUCCUUCUCAUGUUCUGUUUUGUUUUCUUCUACUGGACAGAUUGUGCCUUUUCUCUAUUUCUAAGUCUCUCUUUAGGAGACUAUUCUUUGAUGAUAAAUAUUCAUGAAUUUCUCACUUUUGGUUACGCAAUAUUCAGCCCCCUGGUGCUGAUUCACAGGGAGGGCCUUCUGGCUGAGUGUUGGUAUGCUCAGUGGGAGAAACUAAGAAAAUGUUUCUCUCCUGUAUCUGUUCAAUAAGUGUGAAUGAACUUU